UGAGUUUUGAAGUUUUGUUUUUUGAAAAUUCGAAAUUGAGUAUUGAAUUAUUAUUAAUCUUGAAUCUUGAUCAUAUUUAAUUUUUUUUUAUAUAGUUUCAUCUUAUAUUUUAGUGGAACGAUUGAAUUAUGUUGAAAGUUUUAACAUCGGUUGCGAAAGUAAGCCGUCCAGCCGUUAGAGGUUUUCAAUGUAAUUUUAACUUACGCAGAUUUGUAUCGAAUCUGCAACAUAGUCAAACACAAAAAUUCACCCAUUGGACUAAGCCAUCAGUACAGUAUCCUUCACGUUUUUUCUUUAUUCGCUUAUGUCAUGCAAAACCACCAGAGUUGACUCCUCGUGAAAAACUGAAAAUAGCUGCUAAAGAAUACGGUUCAGUAUUGAUUGUGUUUCAUGUUGGAAUAUCAUUAAUUUCAUUAGGUUCGGUAUAUUUUUUUAUUUCUAAUGGUGUCGACGUCCAACAAUGGAUUGGGUGGAUGGGUUUGUCAAACGCAAAUGAAAAUACUAAAAUUGUAGCUGGAGCAAGUCAGUUUAUCAUUGCAUAUGCCAUACAUAAAUCUUUUGCUCCAGUACGCAUUUCAAUAACACUUAUAUCUGUGCCGUUAAUUGUACGAUACCUUAGGACAAAAGGAAUAAUGAAAAUAAAAAAAUAAAUAUUAAUUAAGAGAACCUAUGUAAUUGUAUAAAUAAUUAUUGUAUUACUAUGGGGUUAAAAGUGUAUUAUUUAGAAAAAUUAUUUUUAUAUUUGUAUAAA